UGUCUGUUGUCUUGAACAUCAUCCCUCUUGCAAGUACAAGUCUCACAUUUAAAAUUUAUAGACAGACUCCAUAAAUCAUAAUACAACUUUUUAAAAAAUAUCAAAUAUUAACAUUUAUUAUGCUUUGGUGGUUAUAAACUCUUGUACUAUUCUUCGAUAACUAAAAAUGGAAGGAAACAUAAUCGAAUCAACAGAAAAUGAAGAAAUUAAAUCUACUGCUGUUGUAAAGUAUUCUUUGCCAAAACUAGCACCAUUUACAAAGUUACAGUGCAAUACCGAUUUAAAUUUACCCCCUUCAAAUUGGCUUAGCAGCUCCGCGGAUUCAUAUGGUUUACAGCAUGUUCUUACUCAUCCAAAAGGAUUUUCAAGUUUCAAAAUGGCACACAUGUUUCCAGAUUGCGUUGGAGAGGUCGAUGUAGUAUCUGAUGCAGAAAAUAUUAAAAAGCUGCUGAAAAUUCCAUACCAUAAGAAAGGUCAUAUAAGCAUGAUGGUCCAUCGCAUUGAAAAUACAUUACUGAUAGAUGAUUUUGACAUUUACAAACAUCUCUUAAGAACAGCAGAAACAGAAUGGGAAUGGCUGAGAAAAUUUUUCGUUGAUAAUAUUAGCAGAGCAACAUAUGAAGAGAACAAGCACAUUUACAUCAAUAGCAGAAGAAGAGAAGCUUUAAAAGAAAAAAGUCUGGUUUCAAAGUUUUUAUAUCACAGUUUGGUUCCCACAGAAACAGCUGAAAGUAGUAAUUUGUUAGAAACUAAUACUUGCCAACCUGUCAAAGAUCCUUUAUUACCAGAACCUUCACCUUCUGCAGAAUGUCCUGAUUCACCUACUUCUGCCCAUAAGUAUAAUACAAAUGUUUUGUGGACAUUCGAGGAUAUAGAAAUGCUACUAGGAACAGACAUGCCAAUUUUCGGUGGGGGUACUCAUCCUUGCAUAUCGCUCAGACUUAGAGAUAUGAAUAAACCAAUAAGUGUAUUAACAGGAAUAGAUUAUUGGCUUGAUAACUUAAUGUCCAAUGUACCUGAGGUAAUAAUGUGUUACCAUUUAAAUGGAAUUGUCCAAAAGUAUGAAUUAGUUAAAACAGAAGAUCUGCCUAGGAUGGAUAAUUCUAAAUUUUCACCAAAAUUAAUAAGGGACGUUGCACAAAGUAUUCUCAGUUUCCUAAAGUCUAAUGCUACUAAAUCUGGCCAUACAUAUUGGCUGUUUAAAGGAAAAGACGAAGAGGUGAUCAAACUGUAUGAUUUAACAAGUCUCUGUUCAGAAAAAGACGUCGAAAAAGGCCAGAAUCCAUUUACGAUUCCAGUGGCCAUGCUCCUAUACCGUGUAGCUAGAAAUAUGAAACAUUCGUCAGAGCGGCCACAACCUGGCACAAUAAGAACCCUUUUAAAGAACUGCAUUAAACUGUUACCCCAAGAGAAAUAUCCAGAAAUAGUCACAUCAUCCCUUUAUAUGCUGUCAGACCUGUAUGUACCUGCUAACACUAAUCCAGAAAGUCACGGUCUGGACGAAAAUGACACAGAUGACGACAAUGAAACUUUGUAUGAGGAUGAUUUGUCAGAUGAUGAAAACAGUCAGGAGGAAACUAUGAAAGUUCUGGUUUUGGAGAAUAAUAGAUUUGAGAAAUUUAAAAACUAUUAUAAACCACCUGCUCCUAUUGUUGGAGGCGUAGAAGAAAGAUGUCAACAGGCUAUUCAACAUGUUGCCGCUGGUCUUGAUUGCAUUAAAUACUUUCCUAAAAACAAAGAAGAAAGAAGUUCCGGGGAAAAGGACGAGGAGGAAGUGAAAAUGGCUAAACCAUAUGAGCCAAUACCAAUGCCAUACGGUAAAAUAAAUGAGACAAAAACUUCAACAGAUUCCACCAAGAAAAAUAAGAAAAAGGAGCGAAAGAAGAAAUCUGAAAACAAGAACCAGGACAAAUUAACCAAUGCUCUUUUACCAAAAAAUUUGAACGAAGCUCAACCUUUACCUACGUGGCAAGAAAAAGAAAACCGUAAUAUAUCGUGGAAGGACCAUUUGAAAACCCUACUGUAUGAAAAAGCCGUUUUGAUUUACGCCAUUCUGUCCGAACACCAUUUUGUUCAAGGCAAUUAUGGACUAAGUUUGAAAUAUAUUGGACUGCUUGCUAGGUGCCAGUUGGUAAUGAAUAAGUUGCAGUAUGCUUCUAAUGCUCUAAGAGAAAAUUGUUUAUUGGGUCGAGCAGGAGAUUGUUGCAUAAUGAUGAUACAAAAUUGGGGUAAAUGUGAAAUUUACAAUGAGCAACUACACAACAACCAACAUGAAGACUUCAAAAUGAUGGAGCAACUCGAGCAAGACGAACAAUUUUACAAUAUUAGCAUCGGCAAUAGUGAAAUGCGUUGCGUGUUUCUAUUUGACAUCCGAACCAUCGAACAAAUGCUAUUGAAAAGCAUCGAAUGUUACGAGACAGCAUUAAAACUUUCCGAAAGCGAUAAUAUAUUGCGACGAUUAGCGAAUAGUUUAAACGAAAUUGGAUCAUAUUACCUUAACCGAGCCAAAGUAGAGAAAAAUAUGAACGAUAUAGUCCAAACUUGUAAAAAGGCUGAUAAUUAUUUAGCACGUGGUUUGGAGUUAUUUGAAAGAGUUAAAGAUACCGCCAAUGUUGCCUUGUUGUACACCAAUAUUGGACAUUUGUACAGACUUUUAGCACACGCGAACACGCCUGUUGAUCGGGGCGAGAUUACCCAACAGGAAAAGAUUCAUUAUAAUAAAGCUAUCAUUAAUUAUAAGAAGGCCUUGCAAGUUUUAGGCGAAAGAAACAACUGUCCCGGAAUUUGGGAUGCCGUUAAAUGGGAGCUUUCUACCGCCUUGUUUAAUAUGGGUUGGAUUAUGCACGAAAAUCCGUCGAUACAACUGAGUAAGACUGAAGCUGAAAAGGAAGUUAUUGAAACGCUUCAAAAAGCACUUCAGUAUUGCGAUUUUGAUGAAAAGAAUCCAAAAUAUCCGCUGUAUAUCUAUCGUGCUGCCAUCAUCCAUUAUAGAAUAGGAUCUCUUUAUCAUAGCCAUAUUUGGUCUACUCCAAACGAUUCCAGUAAUAGAAAAAAUAUAAUUCAGCUUGCUAAAAUUAAUUAUGAGAAGGCUUCUAAAAUGUAUUUCCAAAGUUCGGAUGCUAUAAAUUAUUUUACUUCACAAAUGCAAAGGUUCGCUCUGUCUGAAUAUUUGACAGAAACAACAAGUGCUUUACACACCAAAAUCAAACAUCUCCAACAUUGUCUGGAAAUAGUACUAGAGUUGGAAGAAAUGAUAGAUCUGAUCAUGAAUAAGAAAGUAGAAAUUCAAGAAGUAAAAGAAGAAGAAAAGACUGAUACUAGAGAUAACAGUUUUAAAUCUUGUUAUUCAUUGUUGAAGCUUGUAGCUACACGUUUGCAGCACGUUUUGAAACUCUUAGUGAAAUAUUGCCUUACGAAACCACCUCCCAACAAAGACUGCGAAAAAAUGUCGGAACUGUAUAAGAAAUGUUAUAAAAUUACAUUUGAUUUGAAAGACAAUUUAAGCUAUUCCGAUCUUCUAAGAGAAUUAGCAAAAGUUUUAUUAAGUAUUAAGAGUGAGUGUGAACUAUAUAAUAAUAAAUCGAAUGUGUAAAUACCGUUUUUAAAGUGUUACUUAUUAAAGAGUUUUUGAUUAUCACUGUGAUAAAUACAAGUUUUAAAGU